UUGCCCCGUGGGCGGGCGCGAGAGUUAGCCGUCGCCUGGGGCCUCCCGGUCUUCCCAGCUCCUGGCGGCGUUCCCUCCGAGCCAGAGAUUCUCUAACGCCAUCGACGCCAGGCUCGAGGCGCUUUUAAAAAUAGCCUCCCACCGUCACAAGAUGUUUCUGUCUAACGGCUUCAUCCCUUUGUCUUCUUCCAACACAAAUUACAGCUCUUACACGGCGAGAAGCACUUACCGCAGCUGAACAUCAAUCGCUCCGGGGAACAAAGCGCUUGAAGUUCUCCUAAGGUGAACGGCACAGCGCUCGCGCCCCUGCUGCCUUUCCGGCCUCCGCUGGCGCGAGGCCGAGACGCCCAGCCCGAGGAAUAAGUACUCGGCUGCAGGCAGCAACGCCGUCAUGGGGAAGGACUAUUACAAGAUCCUGGGCAUCCAGUCCGGGGCCAACGAGGACGAGAUCAAGAAAGCCUAUCGCAAAAUGGCCCUGAAGUACCACCCCGACAAGAACAAGGACCCCAACGCGGAGGAGAAGUUCAAGGAGAUCGCGGAGGCCUACGACGUGCUGAGUGACCCCAAGAAGCGGGCCGUCUACGAUCAGUAUGGGGAGGAAGGUCUCAAGACUGGUGGCGGUUCCUCCGGCAGCUCAGGGAACACUUUCCACUACACCUUCCACGGGGACCCCCACGCCACCUUCGCCUCCUUCUUCGGCGGCUCCAACCCCUUCGACAUCUUCUUCGCCAGCAGUCGUUCGCGGAUGUUCAAUGGCUUCGAGCAGGAGGACAUGGACAUCGACGAUGACGACGACCCGUUCAGCGCCUUCGGCCGCUUCGGCUUCAACGGCCUCAGCGGUGUCCACCGGCGGCACCCGGAGCCGCUGCACACGCGCCGGAAGGUGCAGGACCCACCCGUCAUCCACGAGCUCAAGGUGUCCCUGGAGGAGAUCUACCACGGCUCUACCAAGCGGAUGAAGAUCACGCGGCGGCGGCUGAACCCCGACGGGCGCACCAUGCGGACUGAGGACAAAAUCCUGAACAUUGUCAUCAAGCGAGGGUGGAAGGAAGGGACCAAAAUCACCUUCCCCAAGGAGGGCGACGCCACGCCAGACAACAUCCCGGCCGACAUUGUCUUCAUCCUCAAGGACAAGCCGCACUCGCACUUCAAGCGGGAUGGCACGAACGUGGUCUACACAGCGGCCAUCAGCCUCAAAGAGGCGCUGUGCGGCUGCACAGUGAACAUCCCCACGCUCGACGGGAGGGUCAUCCCGCUGCCCUGCAAUGACAUCAUCAAGCCCAGCACGGUGAAGAGACUGCGAGGGGAAGGGCUGCCCUUCCCCAAAGCCCCCACCCAGCGGGGAGACUUGAUUGUGGAGUUCAAAAUCCGCUUCCCGGAUAGGAUAGCGCCGCAGACGAGACAGAUCCUCAAACAGCACCUCCCGUGCUCCUAGAGACGCGGGGCGCCGGGACCCGGCAGCAAUACGUCUUGCCCGUGCCGCGGCUUCCGCGGAGCACAAGUGCCUGAGCGCACUUGCACAUGCAAAAACCCCCUUUCCUGUCCCAGGUCCUGCCCCCUUCGCCUGCCCUCUGUCGUCUGCACCGGCCGUGCGGGGCGCGGGGGCCCGGGCUCCUGGCCACCUCUUGCCGGUUCUCAGCUGCAAUUGUUUCUCUAGGGGUCUAGCUUUGCCGCCGCGCCCAGGGAGGUUCCUCAUGCCGUGGUUUUGAUCUCGCACACUUCGACGUUGCCGUUCUGGCCGGGGAUCAGCUUGCCUCGCGCGGGCGGCUUCAUGCACUGUAAAUAGGACUCCGCCGGCCGCUGCCUGCCUUGUGUCUCUGCUGCCAAGCUCGCUGCGGCUGGGUCCCCGCCGGGACCAAGAGACGAGGAGUCCCACAGGCGUGUGGGGCAGAGACGCUGCAUCCGUGCCCCCUAGCUGCUGUCUGAUGUGGGCCCGCAGCAUCUCUUGUUUGCUGCGGUCCUUUCUGCUGUGCCGAGAUCACCGGGGGGGUGGACUGUGCCGUACGAAAACGCAGCACUUCCAAGUGGUCGGUCAUGGCCGUCCCCCCCUGCACCCUUCUCACUGCCGUCGCGGCUCAGCGUCCACUUUGGAGCGUGUUAGACCGGCAUCCCAGGCUGCGGGGUGCUGAGGUGCAUGCAUGAAGGGAACAGAAGGGGUGGUGUAGCGGUCCGUGGGGGUGAGCUCUCGUGGCUCGGUGUGUUGAGUUUGCAUUGCUGCUUUUCUGUAUAGACUCGCAGAGGGUUUUCUCUGCCCGCUGUGGCUUUCCUCGAGUGGCUUAUUCCUGACUCCUGCAGGGAUCAGUUCAGCCAUAGGGAUGUCGUGUCUGCUGGAGCAUGAGCUGCGUGGAGUACGAGGGUGGGUGGUGAAAGCAGAGCCGUGGGGUCUGCUGGCAUGGGAGGUGGAGUAGCCAGAGGGGUGUGCAUGUGUGUGUCCUUUCUACAGAAGGGGCAAGUCGAGGCUGUCGUUCUGGGAUGGGAGGAGCAGUGCCAGGCAAGCUGCCCGAGCAGGUUGGGUUUUAAAUGCCAUAUUUUUUUAAACUUUGGAUUUCCGCUGGGAGAAUUUUUAUAUUCCUCCCCCUCCUGGCGUCUCCUUCGCACAAUGACCCCGCUUGGGCACAGUUUGGAAGCUGAUCUUCCGAAGAGGCUUGGGGAAGAGGCAGGGCGAAGACGUUGCCAAAAUCGUGCCCCCUUGGUCUGCAGCGAGGGUCUCCUUCAUGAUCCUGCCGGGCUGGCGCUGAGUUCGCUUCCUGGCUAAACAGCUCCAGGCGCCUGCGUGCGUCUCGGGGAUCGGGGCAGCGCGGCAUGCGGUGCAGCGGUGUACAGAUAGAUGUACAAUUAUCAUGUGUACAGAAGCCUGCAGCCACCCCGUGGAGAAGCAAUGAUGAUCUCAGGAGCUCAAAGGCGCAGGUGAGGGGCGUGGGGUCGAGCGGCUGUGUCUUUCUUGGG